ACUUUGCCAUGUGGUGGAGGCUCAGGCGCCUUCAAUCAUGCAUAUAGCUUCCGAGGCUCCCAAAGACCCCGUCGUUUGUGGACACGAUUAAAGAAGAAGGGGCUUCCACUACCACAUUCUUCCAGUCUUGCCAAUCCACGUCCGAAAGGGGCGGGCCUAGAAUCCCCUUUGAUUCGAUGGAUCCAGAAGCACAGCAAGCCCUCCAGCAGGCAGCUGCCCUCGCCGACGCCGAAACCACGUCGCCGAUCUCAUCACAGUCACCUUCCCACGCAGCUCCACGGUUCGAGCUCGACACUCAGUGGGACACGACGCCUGCGAGGCCCGACGCGACGGACCAACAUGAUGCGCACGCGCACUCACACUUACCCUACCCGGAAUUUCCCACAGCUGCAUCGACGUCAGAUUUUCAACAAGCUAUCCACGAUGCCCACCAAGUUGCUGAUCAUGAUGCAUCGCCUGAGGUGUCGAGUCCUGACGGUCUCGGUGUAACUCACGGCCGCAUUCCUGGCACCCAGAAGUACACGUCAAUGGCGCCUCCGCCGACGCGCAUCGCCGGUGCCCCGCCUGACAACAUUAUCGAGUGGCGGCACAAAUUCUUCAACAUCUCCCAGAACGCCCUGACACUGCCCAAGCAGCAGUGGGACGAGCUCUGGAUUUGGAUCGACAACAUCUGGACCCCGCGCCGCGUCCCCUACACCAAGAAGGACGGCACUGUGCACUACGAAUGGAGAUGUCGCUACCACAAGAAGGUGCCUCUUCCCAGCCAGAGCACCGGCAAGCGCAAGCGCGAGAUUCGUAAGGGCUAUGGCUGUCCCGCUCGCAUGACGGCCAACCUGAUGCCCAGCACCCGCAUUUUCACCGUCGACGGCUUCGAGCUGCACAACCACCCCCUUGAGGACCUCGACUCUACCAAGAUCUGCAGCGGCGUGCGCAAGUGGACCGCAAUGCAUGUGCAGAUGGGCCUCCCGCCCAAGCAGAUUGAGGCCCUUAUCAACGGUAAGGACAACCCCGACGGCAGUGGUGUGCGCGAGGCACUUGACAUGGCCGGCGGCAAGCUGCUCGACGAAAAAACGAUCCGCAACGUCGCGCGCAAGUGGCGCUGGCCCGCCGCCAAGUUUGGUAUGCGCCAGGACGAGCUGUUCCGUGAGCUGCACUCCCAACACAACACCUUUCCCUUCGCCAUCCAAGAGCCCGAAUCCUUCCACCGCGACGUCUGCGAGGUGUCAAAUGUCGCCGAGACGGCCGAGGACCUGCAUCGCCUGCUCGAUGAGCGUAAGGAGAUGCGACUACGCGAGCUCGACCAACGAUUUGAUGGCGCUGCAACGUACCUGACUCAUGACCCUUCGCAGGCGGGCCAUCAACACUGGGAUCAUGUGUUGCAGCUAUUUAAGGAUCGUUCAUACGAUGCCCUCGUGCGCUACUUUGCUGCCUUCGUGCCCGAAGAAGCCCAGCAACAGGAUGAGUUUCUGCGGGGAAUAGAGGCUCCACAGCCACCAACUAUGGGCUCUUGAAAUAGCAUAUCUGGUAUUGCUGUCGCCGUGCUCUAGCUUCAGAAGGCCAGACAGCGAUGCUAAUCGCAUAUGGAUUUGUUCCUGACACAGGUCAGAAUUUGAAUGACAAAUCACUUUGAUUUUCUUACUGAUA